AUGGACAAAUCCCAGCAGAUCAUCAUCAUAGGCGCGGGCGUCUUCGGCCUCUCAACCGCCCUCUGCCUCAAACAGGAAGGAUAUACCUCCGUCACAGUCCUGGACCGUGCAGUUCCCCCCGUCCCCGAUGGUUCCAGCGUCGACAUCUCCCGCAUCAUUCGAUUCGACUACGGCGAUGCUGUCUAUGCACGCAUGGGGAAGGAGGCCUUCGAUCUGUGGAAGACGCCCGAGUACCGUGAAGCGUUCCAUCAAACGCCGUGUAUAUGGCUAGCGCAGGAAUCAAGCGAGGAUCAGAUCAUCCAGCCUGCGGCGCAUGACUAUUCGAUCAAGACUAGGAAGGUCCUAACGGAGAUGGGGGCACCCUGGACGCACAUUCCCACGCCCGAGGCUGCGAGAAAGAGAUUCCCGGUAUUAACAGGGAAGCUGGCCGUGCCGGGGUUCGAUGCUUUCGUGAAUGAGGCGGCCGGGUGGGCGGAUGCCGGUUUGGCGAUUGCCAGGUUAGCGGCUCGCUGUGCGUCUGCCGGCGUGGGCUUCAUCACGGGGACAAAUGGGCAAGUUGAGGAGUUCGAGACGGCGACUGACGGCACGAUGACGGCGGUGCGCACAGCAAACGGCGCUCGAGUGACUGGCGACAAGUUCAUCGUGGCCACCGGCGCCUGGACCGCUAGUCUGGUGCCCGCCUGGAACUCCAUGAUCGCAGCUGCCCAAAUAGUCGGGUAUAUGCGCCUAACGCCCGAGGAGAUGAUUGAGUUGAAAGAUAUGCCUAUCUACUUCAACUUCUCGACUGGCUUCUUCUGUUUUCCGCCGCACCAGCCAACGGGUUAUCUCAAGGUGGCCUGCCAUUCAUACGGCUACACCAACUCCUCCGAGCAGGGCGUCUCGGCGCCGCCGAAGCUGCCGCCGUCGUCACGCGCCAACUUCAUCCCCGAAGACGGUGUCGAGAGACUUACUGCUGGAAUGCGGGAUAUGAUGCCGCGGUUUGCCUCGCGAGGCUUCGAGAAAGUCGGCCUGUGCUGGUACAAUGAUACCCCGACGGGAGAUUUCAUUCUAGAUUAUCAUCCCAAGCACAAGAACUUGUUUAUAGCCACCGGCGGUAGCGGACACGCAUUCAAGUUUCUACCCAACGUCGGAAAGUACGUCGUCGGCUGUUUCGAACGAAGCCUUUCCGACGACUUGUUGGACAAGUUCAAGUUCCCGUUGGAGUUCAAGAAUCGUCGGGAUGCAUUCAAGGGGGAUGGGAGCCGGGGAGGUCCGGGAAGGAGAGAACUUCUCUCGCACGAGCAGGUCAACUUCGGGUCGGCGCUCAAGAUCGCUACGCCGAUCGCCAAGCAAAGCAAGCUCUAA